AUGAGCCCACUGAACUGCUCCUUCCAUGAUGUGGAUAAGUUAAUGAAAGUCCUGCAGCUGGCCGUCCAUGUCCCCACCUUCAUCCUGGGCUUAAUCCUCAACCUGCUGGCCAUCCGAGGCUUCAGCAUGGUCCUGAAGAAGAGGUGGCCGGAUUACGCUGCCACUUGCAUCUACAUGAUCAACCUGGCAAUCUUCGACCUGCUGCAGGUUCUCUCCCUCCCACUCAAGAUGGUGCUGCCCCACGUGCAGGCUCCCUUGAGUGCCUUCUGCACCAUGGCGGAGUGCCUCUACUUCAUCAGCAUGUACGGAAGCAUCUUUACCAUCUGCUUCAUCAGCGUGGACCGCUUCUUGGCCAUCCAGUACCCACUCCUGGUCAGCCACCACCGCUCGCCCAGGAAGAUCUUCAUGACCUGUUGCGCCAUCUGGGUCCUGGUGUGGGCCGGGAGUACCCCUGUCUACAACUUUCAUGAUACGAGCGGAGAGUACAAAUGCUUCCACAACAUGUCCAACGGCACCUGGAGUGCAGAGGUCUUCUUUCCCUGUGAGGUGUUUGGGUUUCUUCUUCCUUUGGCCAUCAUUGGUUUCUGUUCCUUCAAGAGCAUACGCAUUCUCCUUGGCCGUGGGCACUACACCCAGGACUGGGUCCAGCACAAGGCUAGCAUCUGCACGAUAGCGGCCAGUCUGGCUGUCUUUGUGGUCUCCUUUCUACCAGUGCACUUGGGUUUCUUCCUGCAGUUCAUGGUGAGGAAUGGCUUUAUCCUGGAGUGCGGAGCUAAGCAGAACAUCAGCUUCUUCUUGCAAUUGUCCCUGUGCUUCUCCAACAUCAACUGCUGCCUGGAUGUUUUCUGCUACUACUUUGUCAUCAAAGAAUUCCGCAUGGACAUCAAGGCACAUCGACCUUCCAGGGCCCAGCUGGUUCUCCAGGACACCAUGACCACCAGAGAGUGA